GGGAGAGGAGCCUGGGGCGGGUGGCCCUGCGCCGGGCGCACUCUCGCUGAGGCCCGACUCUAGGAGCAUGCGGGGGUGGCCCUGCCCACACUCCAGGACAUGGAGGAGUUCCGGCGCUCCUACAGCCGCCUGUGCAAGGAGAGCGGGGCCGAGCCGCAGGAGGCCGUCCUGCAGCAACUGCACCAGCUUCCUAGGGACCGUCUGGACCUGGCCACGCAGAGCCUGACGGUGGACACCUGCAGGGCCCUGGGCAAGCUGCUGCAGACAGAGGCCCUGUUGAGGGAGCUGGUCCUGAGCGACUGCAUGCUGAGCGAGGAAGGGGCCACAUUGCUGCUCCAAGGGCUGUGCACCAACACGGUGGUGUGGCUUCUGGACCUAAAGGGCAAUAACCUUCAAGCCGCAGGGGCCGAGGUGCUGGGAAAACUCCUCCGACAGAACAAGUCCAUUCAGAGCCUCAUUCUGGAGUGGAACCACCUGGGUGCGUGGGAAGACGCCUUUGCCACCUUCUGUGGGGGCCUGGCGGCUAACGGCACCCUGCGGCAGCUGGACCUCCGCAACAACCAGAUCAGCCACAAGGGAGCGGAGGAGCUGGCCCUGGCCCUGAAGGGCAACGCCAGCCUCCAGCAGCUGGACCUGCGCUGGAAUAACAUUGGCCUUCUGGGUGGCCGGGCCCUGGUGAACUGUCUCCCCAGCAACAGAACCCUGUGGAGGCUGGACCUGGUUGGGAACAACGUCCCUGGAGACGUCCUCAGGGCCGUGGAGCAGGCUGUGGACCACAACCAGGACCGGCAGGCCACCUUCCGAGAGAGCCAGGCCCGCACCCACAUCCUCAGCAAGGAGGUCCAGCACCUCCGGGAGGAGAAGUCCAAGCAGUUCCUGGACUUGAUGGAGACCAUCGAUAAGCAGCGGGAAGAGAUGGCAAGGGGCAGCAGGGCGUCGGCAGCGCGCGUGGGGCAGCUUCAGGAAGCCCUGAAUGAGAGGCACUCCAUCAUCAAUGCCCUCAAGGCCAAGCUGCAGAUGACUGAGGCUGCCCUGGCUCUGUCGGAGCAGAAGGCCCAGGACCUAGGGGAGCUCCUGGCCGCAGCUGAGCAGGAGCAGCUGAGCCAGUCGCAGAAGCAGGCCAAGGAGCACAGGCUGGAGCAGCAGGAAGCUGCAGAGCGGGAAGCGAAGCUCCUCAGAGACUUGUCUGCUGCCAAUGAAAAGAACCUGUCUCUGCGGAACCAGGUGGACGAGCUGGAGCGGAAGGUGAAAUCUCAGCAGGAGCAGCUAUUCCUGACCAGGCAGGAGCUGACCAACACAUCUGCCGAGUUGAAGAUGAGGGCUGUUCAGGCCGAGGAGCGCCUGGACAUGGAGAAGAGAAGGUCUAGACAGAGCUUGGAGGACUCGGAAAACCUGCGCUUGAAGGAGGUGCCUUUUUGGUUGUCAUCUGGCCUCUGGCCCUCCCUAGUUAUCUGGUGCCUGCAGACUGGCCUUGGUGUGAUGUGGGGGUCCCUAAAAUACACACCCAGUAGGAGCUCCCCUCAACAACCUUGGGUUGCUGGGAGGUGGGUUGGUUGGUUUGUUUUGAGACUGAGUCUCACUUGGUCACCAGUGCUCAGUGCAGUGGCAUCAUCGUAGCUCAC